GUCUGAGCCAGUUUUUCCCCCUCUAGAUUCCUCUCUUUACACCUCGACUGAGGACGAAGCUGCGUUCAAGGCGGAAAUGGAAUUUCAAGAUGAUGCCAGGUUGAAGAAUCACACUUUAGCUAUUUAUGGAAGAAUACAAGCUUUACAGUAUCCUUAUCCUUGCAUUCGCCAUUUUACUUUUCUGGGACUGAAAAUCUCAAGGCAUCCGUCUUACCAACAGUUCUUGAACAUUGGAAAGGAGCACCAGGGAGCUAACUAUGCCGAUAUCGGUUGGAAAUGAUGUUUGAAAUGCGGCCGUCGAUGGAUAUCCUGUUCAGCAAGCCAUAGCCACAGAUUUGUAUCCAGAAUUCUGGGAUCUUGGACACAAGCUCUUCAA